AAACAGAAUUUUAUGAAUGAUUUAUCUAGACUCCCCAGUAGCUUCUAUCGUUUUGACUAGUCGCUAUGUUUUUCUUCAUGUGGAAAGCAGCGUAUUAGUUAGCAUCGCACCAACGCUACCCCUCUGUACGACUUAACGUGGGUGUGACAAUUUGGUUGACGUCUUAUUUUGUCAUCCCAGCGUGUGUAGUGCACCCGUUAAUAACAUUGUUCGAACAAUAGUGAUAACAGUGUUUAGGGCUAAACUCAAGCCUUACCUAGAAUCUGGCCCUAAAUAACUCAACAAAGGACCGGAUAUGAUAGGCGCAGGACGCGUAAAUACUUUAAGAGUAUAUCUGAUUAUUAAGAAAAUGACGAACGCAAGCACGAGCAAAUCAGCCUAAGCAAAGCCAUUGUUCCGUUCAAUGCUUUGUCUAGUCGGAAUCGAUAACGAUCUAUGAAAGCUGAGCUAAACUGGAAUAGAUGUUUCAAAAUCGAUUCGAAAAUUUGGUGCUUAGCGUGUAGUUUUUUAGUUAAUAAAUUUCACCUAUGAUGCCACUCGUCAGCCUAUGGAUACAGCCAAAGCAUUGUAAUUAGACAGACAGAUGUGGGUUCACCAUUGACGCUCAAAUCGUGACUCACACCUGACGUAUGCAAGGGACCGACUUACUUCUAUGCAAGAAAUAUUGAAAAAAAAAAAUAUUGCUGCUAGACGUACCUGUUAUUUCUUUCCAGAUAGCUAGCCAUUUCAUGUUUCUAAAACCAAUAGCCUGUACAUCUUUUACUUCGUCGAGUCUUGUCAAAGACUUUACGUUGUAUUGUUAAUCACACCUCUAUGUAGCUGUCCAAGUGACACACAAAAAAAGACAGAAAUUUUCUCCUACGUCCUGCUGCAAGGGCCGUUAGCAUUACAGAACCGUUCUUUACUUAGAUAAGUAGAAAAGCAAGGCCAAUCUUAUAGCUUAAAUCGAUUAUAUUAAAAGUUGUUGAACCCCUCGAAACCAAUACAACAGACCUUUUUACCUUUUACCGCCCCUUUUAGUACAGCAAUUUUCCUCUGAUUCGUCUAAAUGAUUUUCUGUAAUUAAACGGGUUACAUAAUUUCGAACUGUCAAUAAUUUCUCCUUUUCCUGACUUCCAGGUUUAUUGAGCUCGUGUAUAGUCGCCGCACCUCAACUGUAGAGCCCACCAAAUUCGACCCUCGUAACUAGCCACAAUUAACAUUGUUGCCGAUAAUAAUACCCUUCAAAUAAUAGUUUACCUAUCAAACUCUCGUAUGGACCCUGUUAUUUGAAAUAUCAAUCUAACAAUACAACAUUAUCCGUCACUGUAUGGGGUACAGUCGCCUCUAUAACGAACAUAGGUAGCACCACUUGCGAAAAACAAUCAUCAAACACAACAAUACCAGCAAAAGCGAAUAAGUUUUAAGUAAGUUUUUUUUUUAAGAUUUAAGGCCACAAAGGUCAUUUCGUCGUAUGAUACACAUGUCAUAUGUCCAACAUGUCGCGUCUGUUCGCAUAUAUAUAUAUAUAUGUUAGGUAGGCUGUUACGAGCGGGCCUGACGGACUUAAAGGUGAAUUAAUUCUGACCCACGCGCCGCCAGCAGACGAAAUUCAUUUAGGAAACACUCUAAUGUUCUAGAGGUUAAUGAAAACCGGUCGAAUACACUCUACAAGAAAGAGUUCAAUGCGAGAAAUCAUAUUUUGGCCUCAAUUCUCAGUAAUCACGUUUUCGUUUAUUGUCGAUUACAUAGCUGCAGAGAUCAAUCGAAGAUUUGUGAAGACAUCAGGCAAGAAGGCCGUAAGCAAAACGGAUGGUAAAUAUUUCGUAACAUAAACAUAAAGGAAUCGACACUGGAGCGUUGGAGACCAGCGAGGAGGUGAUCAGAUGUUGUGACCCGUAGGACAAGGACGCAUCGCCCUAACAGCACAGCCUGGAGUCUAAGGGUUUUACUGACCAAAACUGAAAUUUCACAUGUAACAUGUUACAAAAUUGUAACGGGAAUAGUGAAAACUCAGAAACCUAGAAAAAGAUCAAUUUUUGUGUUUAGUAAGCUUCACUGUAGAUCAAUUAGAAAUGUUUGUGAAAAAUCGCGUUUGGUGCCACUGUCAACUAAUGUCGGACCUCAGAUACUCAUCGAAAAUGAAACACCAGACGCAACUCGCUAUCUCGAGCUUCUAAAGACACUUAUUGACCGUUAUAACGGCAAUUAAAGUUACGCAGCCCGGUUACUUGAUAGCAAAGCUAGACCCCAUCGCCAUAGCUCGAAGACGUCCUGGUUUGAGCAAAGAAUUCUAAAUCCGGGUGAUUAUGGAAUAUUCUAUCCCAUUAUCAACUUAGCCUGGGAAGGACCAACCAACAAUAGGAUUAGUGAAACGCCAUAAAAAUCUGUUACGAGUUCAUUGUCGAUGAGAGCGAGAGAUACGAUACAACCUUGUACAGAUUAAACGUGCCUAAGAGACCCCAAUCUAGGAAACUCCACAACGUUCCUGGCGCCGAAGCGACAUCAAUAAAAAACUGCGAAUGUGAUAAGGUUGUAACAGAUGCAUUGCAUUAUUACGUAGAGAAACGUACGCAAUACGAUGACGACGAUCAACCGAUCAAGACAAAGAAGGACAAAUCAGGUAAAUCUGCGAAACCAACAAAAACAGAGGAACCUAGAAAAUCGGCUUUCGAUGAGCCUGUUCCUACUCAAUCAGCGAAAAAAAUUGAAAUGCGUGAGGUGAAAGAGGAAGUGAAACAAGAGGUCAAGCUUAAGGAAUCGAGGACCAAAUCAAAGCAGGAGGAUAAAGAGGAAACAGCCUCUAUUAUCGGUAAAAAGGAAAAAGCAUCUUCAGCACCAGUCAUUCCACCAGGGACCCUGCCUCCAUCAGCAAUACCUCUCGCCAAAAAGCAUGCGCCAUUUCAGGCUCCCGUCGAGACAGAACCAGAUGACACCGAGGAAGAAACAGGAGAGACCGUCGACAGCGGCAUUGAGGAUUCGGAAGAAGAAGAAGAAGAAGAAGACGAAAUUGAAGUCGAUGAUCAUGAUAGCGGAUUAGAAGAAGAGGGCGAUGAAGUAGACGAAGCUACCGAGGAAAGCGGUUCAGAAGAAGUUGGUGAAAUCGACGCAGACUCCGAUGCGGACGACGGGGAUGAAGCCAGUAAGCCAGAUGACGGCAGCGCCAAGGAGUCAGAUGAGGAAUCAUCUGAAGGAGAGGAUGGUGAUAAUGCGAGUGAUGAAGGUAUCGCCGAGGACGAGAAAAGUGAAGACGAUGCACGAAGCGAUGAAGAUACUGGAUUUGAAUCUGCUGAAGCCACCGUAGAGGAUGAAGAAGAAAGCGAAGAGGCUUCGGAAGAGGGAUCUGUUGAGGUUUCGGAGGAAGAUAAUGGAUCUGAAGGAGCAAGUCCUGAACAAGAAGGGUCCGCAGAGGAAGUCAGUAGAGAUGAGAGUGUUUCGGCUGAAGCUGACGAAGGCAGCGAGGCCGAUGAGGAAUCAGAAGAGGAAGACGAGAAGGACAGCGACAAAGAAUCAGGGGACGAGGAUCGGGGUGACAGCAAAGAAGAAGAAGAAUCGGCCUCAGCCGACGGGUCUGAUGAAUCCACUGAAGACCAGGAGGAGGAAAUGUCAGAGGAUAUAGCUUCUGAAGAAGAGGAAAGUGAGACUCCGGACGAUGAUGAUGAGGAGGUCGAAAGCGAAGAGGCGAUGACAGAGGAUGAAAGCGAUGAGGAAUCGGAGAAAGCCGAAGAAUCUGAGGAGACCAGUGACGUUGACGAAGACGAAAAAGAGACGGAGGAGGGGGCAUCUACCGAAGAGAACGAAGAAGAAGACGACCAACUUAGUGACGAAAUUGUCGAAGAAGAAGAAGAGGAGGAGGAGGAUGACGAAGAGGAGGAGGAGGAGGAGACAGAGGAGGAGAAAAGCAUUGAAGCAGGAAAAAAAGAAAGCAGGGACAAGAAGAAACGUGAGAGUCCGCCAAUAGUAAAGCUGAGCCUCAAUGGCGUUCGAAAACGUGGUCAUAUCGCGGAGGCCCUUGGCUUUGCUCUGAUUGGCUCCGACGCCGAUCGCGAGGAGGAGAAGCUCAUUGCACAAAUUCUGAAGGAUAUAAAAAAAAUCGCUACCGAUUCGAUUAAGCCGUUAGAGAAGAGCUUCAGAUUUUCCGAUAUUAGUCAGCGCGUACUUGGAGAUGCUGAGAUUUUCAAUAAACCUAUGGUCCUUUUCUUGGGUCCCUGGUCUUCCGGAAAGUCCACCGCUAUCAACUAUCUUCUGGGAACGGACAAUACGCGAGCUGCCCUCAAGACUGGACCGCAGCCUACUGAUUCGUUCUUCACCGUUGUACACUAUAACGAAGAUGGAAUUGUCAGGGAGAGCGGCCUGAAGAUGGCAGGCGAUUGGGCCUUCUCUGGGGUGAAUAAAUUUGGCCAAGCAUUCUUGUCACACUUUCGCGGAAUCGGACUCAACCACCCACUUUUGCAGAAGGUAACCAUUGUAGAUACUCUAGGGGUAAUCGACGGGCGCCGUUUUAAGGAUUUCUCACUUGAAGACGUCUUUCAGUGGUUUAUCGAUAGAGCUGAUGCUAUCUACGUUGUGUUCGAUCCAUCGAAGCUUGAGAUCGGUUCUGAUAUGAAGUCGAUGCUCGAUCAACUUCGCGGAAGAGAGCAACAAACACGUUUUCUACUCAAUAAGGCUGACCUCAUUGAAGCCUCUGAAGUCACUCGUGUUACAGGCCAACUCCUUUGGAACGUGUCACCUCUGUUGGGCUCAUCGGAUGCUCCCAUUAUUUAUACUGUUUCCAUGAUUAACAGGCCCUAUCUUCCCGGAAGUCCCGCAGAGUAUUUGAAAGAUCAGGAAGAGGAAUUGCUGAAUCACCUUAAAGAAGUGAUGGAUGAACGCGUAGAGAACACAAUUAUGUUUGCACGUCGUCAUGCCGUUCGAGUCCGCAAUCACGCCAAGCUUGUCGACUGCUACCUAGACGCUUUCUACAAACACAAGGGGAUGUUCGGAAACAAGAAGAAGGUCGCGGAGCAAAUCAUUAAAGAUCCUGCGAAGUACAGAAUUUUCGGCACAAUUUCGCAGAGUACAAAUAUUUCCAGAUACGACCUUCUGGAGCCCGAGGACUACGCGGCAUUCUUUAAGCUGAACCCUCUCCAGGACUUCCCUCGACUCAAGGAACUGUGCGGCUAUUUGAAAGGUUGCCCGAUCGACAAGCUCGACCGUGUUAUCGCGUACGAACUACCGCAACUAUUGACGAAGUAUCUGGAAAAGUCAUCAAUAUCACAUGGCGUACAAGAGCGCGGCACUGAUACGACGAAGGCCACUUUAAAGGUUCCCACUAAAUCUAGGAAGAGUAGAUCCAAGUAGAACGUGUCGACAUUCUAUUCGGUUACUCUAAAAUAGACGAUCAAAGACCUCUGUUGACUUUUCUAAUUCGAAGUAACUCAAUCUAUCGUAUUGUAUGAUAGGUAAGGCCAAGCUUGCUUCGGGAGUCGCCAUCACACAAACACACACAAACACAGCCGUGUCGAUAUUGCCACCGAUUUCGUUUCAUAUGCUUUUAAAUCUACUUUGUAAUUAUCGGUUUAGAACUUUCGUUCAAGGCCGAAAAAUAUGGCGCAGCGGACUGUUGGAUCUGGAACGUUUCUGGAGUAACGAGGUCACCACUCAACUACAAGUGAGAUGAAAAAGGUGGAUAGCAUGAUUAUAGGCUAGACAUUAGAACGGAAAAGGAUGACUUAAUUAAGGAUUCUUAAAAUAGGCACAAUUUAUAGUAUUCCACAAAUCUGCCUCAGAUCCAAGCAUAAACAGAAUAUUGCUAUUCGACCAUAUCUAUUCUAUGUACAUCCAAUGCAGCUUAGCUGUUAAUCUUACUGCCCAUUUAUAUCUUUCAAGAUAUCGAGCGCGUACAUGGCUUCUGUGUGUACACGUCGAUUUUUACAUGAUAAUCAAUUGACCGACUGGCAAAGGAUUUGGUUAAAAUUAACCAAAAAUAUAAUUAUGUGCAUCUUUGAGGCCCAAAUUGAUGACGUUCCAUUUUGAUUAUGAUUGUGGGUUUGACAAUUCGAGGUCUGUCACCGAAUGGAGAUAAUCUAUUUGCUUGCGACGAGAACGAGGUCACUAUUUAUCACUGUUGAGGCACUGCCAUUCCCUAUCAACACUCAUAUGCUAUCGAUAUUCACUAGAUGACCUGGGAAAAACUGGGCUGAAAUUGUUUGGUCAACGUAUUCACGCGACGAACGAUAAGCGAUCGAGGAUACGAUGUUGUAGCAGGAGGGUAGGACGAUUAAUCCUGGGUCACUUCACUACUAUCUGUAUUUCUCAGCAGAGUACAGGUGCUGGUAAUUUCCAAGGUGUGUUACAUAGCCAAGAGUCUGGAAUCAACAUUUUCUUGCCUCCAGACAUGGCAUGACCGGCUAGCCAGCGUGCUGCACGAAAUAUAGAUAACAACAAAAUGCAUGGACGGUAUGCCUAUGAUCGUUCUUUUAGUUCAACGUGGAUUCCACGGGUGUAAUAUAACGAUCGAAUAUUUCUAGUCAAGUUAUAAUUGAAGAUAUUUCAGCACAGUAAUAUGAACUACAGAUACGAUCGAUCUUGCUAUUCCCAAAUACGGCCUUUCUUCAAGACUCUGUUGGGGCACUACUGCAACUGUGUUUGGCCAAGCCGUCCAGCCGAUGCUAACCCUCCUCGAGCGUUAGAAGUUAGGCAACGACGCUUGGCCAAUGUGUUUACAGCAGGUGCUUUCUGUUAGCCCAACAGGGCAAACAUUCUUUUAUACUAAAUUCAUUGAAGCCAGAAAAGUACAGUAAGUAGACAGAAAAAAAAAAUGACAUCUAUACCUGAGUAAAAAUGCGUUGUGAAUGUUCUUCUUUUUGAAAGUUUCCUGAUUGUUGCAGCUGUUCUUGUUAUAUAUAUAUAAUAUGUAUUCAGUUAUUAUUAUUAUUAUUGUUCUUAAUUAUUAAUAUUAUUUGUUCGUAAAGAAAUAAAGGACUGAAAACGUGUUUGAACUUUUUCCUGC